AUGGUGUCUGUUUGCUUUUCAGGCGGAGUGCUAGCCGUGCUGAUGGCCAAGUACAAGAAAGGGAAGGACGCAAAAAAUGCGGAUUGCGUGGUGGAUGACGAUGAGGAGGAGUGCCCGAGGAGUUCGAGAAAAAUAUGCGAGACGUCGAAAGAGCUCGACGCCCCGAUCCACACCUCUUAUUUCUCGCUCUCCGGCAAGCCAUUUUCCGCGAUAAAUAAAGAGCUAAUCCCAAUUUACAUAGAAGAUCCGAAAGAAUUUUUUGAUCAGUUCGGGUUUCGAUCUCUAAACCAGAACCCGUUUGAAGAUGAUUCUCCGGUGGAAGAUUCGUCGGAAAAAUUAAAAUGGGUGGCACACCUUGAAUUUGCGCACGACUUGAAGGAGGAGCUCACCUGGGCAAAAGUGGACAUCGAUAAAAUUCGAGGCGAGAAAAUGGAGGCUAUGAUUAAGCACUCCGGGAUCCCUCAUUCGAUGCGACCAUACCUAUGGCCACGGCUAAUCGGAGCGUUUGAUAAAGAAAAACAAGCCGGGUAUUCUUAUUCCGAUGUGCUACGCCAGACGGCUAAAGACAACCCCACGAUUGGGGUGCAGAUAGAGCGGGAUUUACUCCGAACGCUACCAAAUAAUAUUUGCUUUUGGAAGAAAAAUUCGCCGGGUAUAGACGCGUUGCGGAGACUCCUAAAAGCGAUCGCCUACAUCUACCCUGAUCUUGGAUAUUGCCAAGGAAUGGGUGUCGUCAGGGAUAUACUGCCGGCCAACUACUAUUCCCAAUCGUUACUAGGGCUACAGGCAGACGAACGCGUGGCGAGCCAUUUGAUGAAAACGCACGUCCCCGAUUUGUUCCGAUCACUCGAGGAAUACGAUGUCGAGAUCUCGCUCGUUACUGUCAAUUGGCUGCUCACCCUCUUUGCAUCGGUUCUCAAGACAAAAACUCUAUUAAGAGUCUGGGAUAUGAUAUUUUAUAUGGGCGGAGUUUCGAUAUUUCGGACAAUAAUCUCGGCCUUAAAAAUGCGAGAAGAGGAAAUUGUGGACAUUGCCUAUCUCACCAAAUCGUCGGCCGACAUUUUUAAUGCUAUCACACAGCUGCCGGCUAAGAUUGAUGAUGUGGAUAAGUUAAUGGAAUAUAUGACAUCAUUCGAGUAUACUAUUACGGACCAUUUGUUGACAGAGCUGAGGAAAAAGCAUCAGGCGAUAAUCAUGGCCGAUCAUGGGCUAAUCGUCAAUACAGCCACGGACACAAAUCUCCCAAAACAGAAAAUGCAGCGCAGGAAAUUAACCCGAAACAAGAGCAUCAUAUCGCAAAUUUUCAACUCAAAAGAUAAGGCAGAGGACCCCAAAACCAAAAACAUCCGGCAAACCGAGAUCCUCGUCGACCUCAAGGAGUCCAUCCUCCAGAUUUGCCGAUAUUUCAUGAACUGUGAUGAGGAUAUGGAGUUGAAUAUUACUACGCAGGCCGAUUAUAGUCCAGAAUCACAUGUGAAAGACGUGGAGAAGUUUCAAGCUGCCGUGACGGUGGGAAGGAAAAAGGCGAGAGCUUUGCUCGAUUUUGCUAGGCAAGAUGAGGACGAGCUUGGAUUUAGAAAAAACGACAUAAUCACCAUCAUCUCCGAGAAAGACGAACACUGUUGGGUCGGUGAAGUCAAUGGACUCCGUGGAUGGUUCCCCGCUAAAUUUGUAGAGGUGGUCGACGAGGGCAACAAGAACUAUACCAUCUACGGCGAUGAAGUGAUCUCGCCUGAAAUUACCGAAUAUAUUCGAGGGCGGCUGGCAAAUGCUUUUCGACAGGUGAUGGAACACGGAAUCCGAGAGAACAAUCUCUAUCCAACAACAGCCUUCCACCCCUGGUCUUUCAUAGAAGACGUCGCCUACUACUCGGUGCAGAAGCAGUUCAGUGCUGUAUAUUCGAGAUUGACGCUUUGCAACACCUUUAAAUUGGACCAGGAUGGAAAGGUCUUAACGCCAGAAGAGCUGCUUUUCCGAUCGGUCCAAGAAGUCAACGAUUCUCAUAAUGCUGUCAACGCACAUCAGGAUGUAAAAUUGAGAUCACUACUUGUGACAGGGGCCAACGAGCAGUGUCUCCACCUAUGGUUUGAAAUCCUGUGCGGCAGCCCGGCGCAAGAGGAGAUCAGAAAGAAGUUCUACCACUCCUGGGCCUUCAUCAGGACACCAGCUUGGCGACAGAUUAAAUGCGACCUCCGCCUACUCGCCCAAUUCGCCUUCAAACUGUCGCCAACCUUCGAAAUUGACGGCGCCGAGACGAAAAAGAAGAGAUUUGGCAUGUUGAAUAGCGCAAAGUACAAGAUGAUGAACUCAGUCACCUCCCCCCACGGACAAAAAACUGAUAUGCUAAUCAAACACCACCUUUUCAGCUGGGAUUUG